AUGGAUACCAACAGUUCCGCACCGGACACAAAACCUGAAAAAAUGAAGAGCAUUUCCAAGUCGGAACCUAAAGCUUCCAAUAAGAAUGUUGACAAGACUGACAUCACCGAUGACAUUGACCCUGCGAACGAGAUUCAAGGGCUGAAACUGGUUCUGACUCACUUCUCGAUCUGCCUCUGUACGUUUCUCAUCGGUCUGGACUAUAAUCUUAUAGCGACUGCCGUCCCUGUCAUCACGGCCGAGUUCAACUCCCUUCGUGACAUUGGUUGGUACAGCGCGGCUUUCAUGAUCGCAAUGGCUGCAAGCCAGCCCCUUUCUGGAAAAAUGUAUUCUUUGUUUCCAAAGAAGAUUUCCUACCUCCUUUAUCUACUUGUUUUUGAAAUCGGAAGCCUCGUAUGUGCUCUCGCGCCGUCAUCGCAUAGCCUUAUCGCCGGUCGAGCUAUUGCGGGCCUUGGCGCCUCUGGGCUCUUCGCCGGCGCCUUUACAAUCCUCGCCACAGUCAUACCGUUGCAUAAGCGCGCCGUGUGGACUGGUGUGAUGGGUUCGACGUUCUCCAUAGCGAGUAUCGUUGGGCCUGUUCUGGCCGGGGCCCUCACCCAACACUUGCCCAUUGGAGGCGCCGCCGCUGUAAUAUUUUUCAUCCUCGUCCACAUUAAGGUAGCUGAUACCGAGAAGAAACCAAUCACAGACAAACUCAAAAGCCUGGAUGGGCUUGGAUUUGGUCUCUUCGCCGGAUCAGUCACCAUGCUACUCUUUGCACUCCAGUGGGGUGGCGUUGAAUACACAUGGUCGUCUUCAGUUGUGAUUGGUCUCUUCGUAGGCGCCGGGGUCGCCAUGAUCCUCUUCGUCUCAUGGACGUCAAUACGCGGAGAAGAUGCGCUGAUACCACCGCGAUUCUGGACCAUCAACCGGAAUCCAGCGUUGUUGUGUGCGGCAGCCUUCUUCAUCAACGGACCAUUCCAAACCGUCAUAUAUUGGCUCCCGGUUUGGUUUCAAGGCGUAUUGGGCAAUUCUCCGACAGCAAGUGGCGUGAACUUCUUCCCAACAGUCAUCUCGGACGUCGUUGCAGCAAUUGUUGGUUCGGCCAUGGUGACUCAGCUGGGCUGGUGGAACCCUUUCUUAUUGUUCGCCGAAGUAAUGGUCUGUAUCGGCGGUGGUCUCUUAACGACGCUCUAUCCCAGCAUCUCGGGGUCUCAUUGGGUUGGCUACCAGAUAUUUGGUGGCAUUGGUUAUUCUCUGGCCUCUAAUUUGGGCGUGGUGGAAGAAAUCAUUGACUCCGGCGUUACCAGCCUACGCUCUCUUGUGAGCGCGUCUGAUUUGCCGGUAGUCAUAAAUGAAUACAGCGAGUCUGUGACCCAAGUCUGGUACAUUCCGGCCGCCGCACCAGUCAUUUCAUUCGUGCUGCUGCUUGGCUGCAAAUGGAUCUCGACGAAGAGUAAGCAAAGCCCGGCAAAGGCGACGGACGGAACGGCAGACACCAGUGAAAAGAAUGGUGUCGAACAAACGAUCGUGUAG